CUCCACAGUUCAACUCAACAGCUCGCAUCUUUUUCCCUUGUCAUCAUUACGUAGAUGAAACGCAUCCACUUUUCCUUCCUCUCUGAGGGAUGUUCGCAAACGGAUUCACAUUGAACAUAAGAAGAUAAUUUACGACUUUAUACUAGCGGUGAGAAAGGUGUAACUAAGUAAAUAAUGGCUCCUCAAUCCGCCAUUCGAUCAAAACAGAUGGAAAAAACAAUAAACGGAAUACCAACUCAAGUUGUCUGCACGGAAUUCAGCAACUACAUUUUUAUAGUUCUGACACAGUAUGGUAAAAUUGGGACACUUUUGUCCAUAACACCUGACACAAGGUCUGGUGACAUCAGUGUACCCAUGUUCACAACCAGAGUACUGCUGGGAAAGGAUGAGCCUCUUACACACGUCUACGCCAAGAAUGUCACAACAUUUGUCUCACAGGAAUCAGGCAACCGACCGGUCCUGUUGGGCCUUUCACUUAAAGACAACAGUGCUGAAACUAUGAAAACUGUCAAAGAUAUGAUCAAAGGCUGCCAAGUUUGGUAAACAGGAGAUUAAAUGGCUAACGCACUAGAUGAGGACAAAUGACGUAUCUGUGCAAUUUUAACUAAAAACUUGGCUUGUCUCUUGUGAAUUUAGAUAUACCCAAGAUACCUGUGUAGACAAUGUUAAGUGCUGUUGUUACUGCACAAAGUUUGAAACGCUUGAAUUUUUUUUGUUAAAACAGAGUACUGUUCAAGAUCACUCCUUUUUGCCUCUGUAUAAUGGAUGGUCUUUCAUAUGUCAUAAGAUUAAAGUUAUAUUUUCUUACCUUGAA